AUGGCCACGACGGCGCCGCCAUCUCCUCACCGCGGCGUCAUGGAGCCGGAGGACUUGAUGAACGCCCUCACAGCUGCCUCAGACCUCCAGCUCAACGUGAUCAGCGCACAAUGCACGGCCGCCGUGGUGAAAUGCAUAAAACGCUGCUUGGGUAACCAUUGCGGCGCCCAGAGGCAGCAGCAGCAGCGGGACCGGGAAGCGAUGGUGCGUCUCAAAAAUAUCCUGCGAAUCAUUAAGAAGCGAUUCCAACAAGCUGCGAAUAUGCUAGGAACAGGUUGGAAGGGCGAAGGAGCAUUUCUGUCUAUGGUUGACAGGCGUGUGCUGCCCGAGUUUCGACGCGCUCUUGAGUUGCAAGACGGCGAAGCAUCUGAACUGGUCGAGGCCGUACUGGCCAUCUUAUUGUUCUCCGAGCGGAGGCGAAGCGUCUCGGCCCACAACAACUUUCACCUGCGCAUUCCAGACCAGACACCCAUCACGGUAGACAAUACGCAGUGGUUCAUUCUGGGCGUCACGACAGACAGCGCCAAGCCGCACCACAAGUGCGACGUCACCAUGGUGCAGACGAGGACGCAGCGGGACGGAGACGGUAUACAACUGCAUACAAGGAUGGAAAACAUGACCAAAUUGCUCCGCCGGCUCGAUGCGCGCGGUGCGGCGGCCGUCGCUGAGCAAAUAUACCACUUUUGCGCGCGCGAGUCGAUUCGAACAAAUCAGCUGCCGCUGGGCGUCCGGGCUAAGGACAUAGUCCGCAGCGGCGACCGGUAUAUGCUCCAACUGCGUGACCUUGCGACGCCCCAGGGGCCGUACACAGCGAGAAUGCUAAUGCCGCUCGGUGCGCAUCUGCAGGGGUGGAUGAGCGUGGUGCCAGGACAGGAACAGGGAGAACCAUACUGCCGACCAACACAGCACGCUUCAGCGCCUGUUCUGAUUGUGGCCAUUCAUUGA